AUGCGGCCCGUUUCUACAAUACUGUUUUCUCUCACCGCUUUACUGCCUUCACAAGCUGCUGCCGAAUCGAGUUCGCCAACAGCUAUCAAGAAGCUCGCUCCCGGCUCCAACGAUAAACUCCUCCGUGAGCAUCUCGCAUUUGCGCCGCUGCAAAUAAUCUCUCCCCGCGAUGCUGCUGCCGCUGCGAUAUCGUUCCUAGAUAAUCAGGAUGACGAACUUUUAAAACUCAACGGCACUGAGCGGUUCUAUCGCCCAGCAUUUGCCCCUCAUAGCGAAGAAUCCCGGGAUAACAUGUUACGGCGUGCCGCAGAGGCAUUAGCGCUACUGCAGAGAAGUUCGUCUUGUCCUAAGGGGAUGAACAUCUGCUCUGACAUCAACCCAGAGGUCAAAUGCUGUCAAGAAGGAACAUAUUGUGUAGAAGUUGGAGAUAGCGUUGCUGGAGGUGUCGCAUGCUGUCCGGACGGGGCUUCCUGUGGUGGAGGCGUUGGGUCAUGUCCAUCUGAAGCCGCGAGUUGCCCGGAAUCCCUCGGUGGCGGAUGCUGUAUCCCAGGAUACGUAUGUCAAGGUCUUGGAUGUGUUCCAAGUGCUUCUGCGACACCGACAAGCACAACCCAAGCGCCGACUACAGCCGCCCAGGAGACAACCGCAGAGCCUACAGUAGAGCCCACUACCGAGACAAAGGCUGAGACAACGGCAGAAGAAGAACCCACGACUGUCUCCCAAGCUGAGACGGAGACGGAGACGGAAGGCACUGCACCUACGACAGCUACUGGCUCCGUCACUGGCAUCGCACCGUAUCGUCCAACCGGCACCUCUGUAACCACCUCGUCCGAAGAUGGAGAUACACAAACAGGUUGUCCUACGGGUUUCUAUGGCUGUCUCGCAACUCACGGCGGUGGCUGCUGCCGAACCGAUCGAAACUGCGAUACACACAAUUGCCCAGCUCCUUCAACUACCAUCGUUACCGACGGCGCCACGAUCGUCGUUCUUGCAACCGAUGCGCCACCUGCUCCUGGACCCGCAUCGACUUGUGCGGAUGGCUGGUUUCUCUGUGGCAGAGACGCCGGUCCUAUUGCUGGAUGUUGCCCUGACGGUUACGACUGUGGGACAGCAAGCUGUUUUACCGCACACGCCAGCGAAACUGGUCGUAUACAGAAGGCAUUCCCUGAGGCUUCUACCGUGGGGCAUGUGAAGCCCGCAGUCAUGAUGGCUACGGCUGUCAUGAUGUUUGUGUGCAUUGCACUUGCAUGA